GAGACUUUGUUUUCAUUUCCGGUAGGUAAAGUGGCUUGGAAACGAGAUGCAUUAGCUGCAAUGAACAUAAAAAAGGACACAUAAGCAUUUUUUAAUAACAACAAUUUGCAUUCUGUAUGUAAACUGUAGAUCCUUACGCAUGUACAUUGCCCAUAAUGCCUGUUUACAUCAGAAAGAACGUUAAUUUCACUCCUCCCUCAAUCGACAAGUUUCCUUUGGAGGAUGAUGAAGACUAUAUCACAGAUCCCGAUCAACUUGUGGAUAGAUUACCACAGCCUUAUCGUAUGAUAGACAAAGUGCUCAAACUGUGGUAUGAUGAAGUGUGGGAAAUCAUUGAAAAACGUGAAAACGAACGUUUGGAGGAAAGCCGCAAAAUCCGACCACCACAGUAUGAGUGUUCAACUCAAAUGAAGAGCCAUGGACGUGCAUGCUGUGUUUGUGACAGUGUUGAUGGACGUUACAUUUUCAUUGGACUUCCCAGAGGUUUGGCAGCAGUUGAUGUCUUAACACAGGAGAAAAUGGCCACAUGGGAGGAAGACAGCGUGGACAUACACUACAUCAAGGCCUACUUAAUCGGCGUGCAAGUUUAUCUAAUUGUCACCAUAGACGAUAUGGGGUUUGCCCGAUUGCUGAUAUUUGGAGGUGACAAAUUUUACUUUGUGAAGAUCUUGAAUGAGUUCCAGAGAGGUAGAGGCGGGGUUCAUAGACCUAUUUUCUCUAACCCUGCUCAUGCAGAGGGUGGGACAAAGCUGAACAUCAGUAAGUGUGAGGCAUCCAGGAAUGGGGACUACCUAGGGGCAGUAUAUGAAAACCCAGAAACAGCUGAAGUGUGGUUAGAAGUAUACAAACUUCCCCGAGAUGCAUGGCUUCACGAAUUGGAAUCUGUUCUGGCACAGACAAAGAAAGAAGAGAAAACGGAGGAGGACCAGACUACAGAAACAGCAGCCACAACAGAUCAAGAUGCCCCCACACCUCAAAACGAAGGGGAUCCACCCCCAGCUGCACCCCAGGAUGACAGUCAUGGAGAAAAGCAUGUGCCCAAACUGUCGCCUACCUCUGUAGUGAUGAAGCUUAAACCCCCUCCCUCUAUGUCGGAACUUAGACAAAAAGGGAACACCUCCUCUUCAGUGUAUUCUGCUUGUCAGAAGGUGGAUACAGGGGAGGUAAUUGGAACAGGUGUAAAUCACAUACUGACACCAAGUCAUAAAGAGAUGAGGAAGGAAGUGUUUGCACAUCUCCAUGACAACCUUAUUGACUAUUUACCCAAGGAAGAUGAGCUCGAAUCUCUCGAAGAUGUGAAUUUCCAUUUCAUGACUGCUGGUCGACUUGUUCCCAUUGGUUUGGAACAACAGAGUCAGAUAGAGACUGAUGAUGAACUUAAGAGACUGCCAACAACCAUUGCAGUUUGGUGGAAGGGAUCCACUCAUGUUAUGCAGUACUCACUGUUAAAACAGCACAAAGAUUUUGAAGUGAAGCCUGACCUGGUAUGGCCAUACACCAGCCCUGUGACAGCAUCAGCUGUAAGUGAUGACACAUCCUUGUUGGCUGUUGGAUUUGAAAAUGGAAAUCUUGUGCUUUGGGAUCGAUAUCUUGGUAUCCAGAGAGGCGUUGUCAACAUUUUGGACCGAGUCAAGAUUGCUCAACUAACGUUUUUGGACCCCAGUAUUUGCCCCCAGAACCUGGACGAUUACCAGCCAUACAGAACUAAAGCCUCUGCUUACCUGCUGAUUUUGUGUGACAAUGGGGCGCUGUAUGUCACAAUGACGGGUCCCGGUCUGGAACUCGACCCAAUCUGUAUCAGUCCGCAAGUAGAGAAAGAAAAUGACAUAUUCACUAUGGUUCAGCCUGUCCCAGGGAUCCAAGAUCUACUGAUAACAGUCCUGAAAUCUGGAAAGGUUCAAAUCCGUGAUUCACUGCAAGGGACAGUUCUAUGUGAACCAAUUCUACCUAAGUCACAUGAACUCAUGGCUCCAUGGGAUCCUGUAGUUGCUGUUGGAGCAAUGGGGCAAAUUUUGUUUCUGAAAGGGAACAAUAAGGACUACGGAGAGGAUGAAGGCGGGGACCAGGCAGAGUGUGCGGGGGCAUUGUUUGUGUACCAGAUCAGAUCCUUCCCUUCCCUAGACUCCUACAUGUCCAGGAAGAGGGACAAAGUGAACCAGACAGUCCAUGCCAAAAUAGAAAACAGAAUCGAGGCUUUGAUGAAAGAGAGGAUUGCCCAGCAAGGUCUCAGAAAAUCUCGAAUGCAGGAAAGGUGGGGGAAUUUGAAAGAGGAAAUAUGGAGCAUUCUUCAGUACAGAGACCAUGCAGAGAAAAAGGCUGACAACCGGCCUGAAGUGCAUUACAAACACGUCAGGAAUUUUUCUCAGUGAAAACAAACAAACAAAGUUUUGGAUUAUCAAAUGUUAUCAGACUCCCGGGUCAAUGGGAUGGUCGCCAUUUUUCCAGAAAUGAUUUUCAAGGAAUUGAAAAAAAAAUAAUAAUGACACAAUUAUUAAAAAACUGUCCAAAAACCUUCCGUCCAGUGUGAUAUUUUGUAAUAUAAUUUUUAUCAUAUGUGAAUAAAUUAACUGUUGUAUUUUGAAUAUGAA